AUCUUCAUACAAAGUGAACAAACCCAAGCUUGGUUCUUCCAUCUCCAUUCUACUUUUCUUUUUUGUUUCUACAAACUUUGUAGCAUCAUGACCCAGUGCUUCAUCAGCUUUACCGAAACCAGAAACUGGUGCUACAGGUCCAGUUUCAACGGGUCGGGGCUCCGAUCCACCAUCACAGACCUCAAGGACGGAACCGUCAUGCAUUGCUGGGUGCCCAAGACCCGAACCGAGUCCAAACCCAACCUGCUCCUCAUCCACGGUCUUGGAGCCAACGCAUUGUGGCAAUGGGGUGACAUCAUCUGCCACCUCACGCCCUUCUUCAACGUGUACGUGCCGGAUCUUCUUUUCUUCGGCGGGUCGUACACGACCCGACCCGAUCGGAGCGAGCGGUUCCAGGCGGAGUGCGUGAUGAGAGUGAUGGAGGCAAACUCGGUGAGGAGGGUGACGUUGGUGGGGCUGAGCUACGGUGGUUUCGUGGGGUACAGCAUGGCGGCGCAGUACAGUGAGGUGGUGGAGAGGGUGGUGGUGUGUGGCUCAGGGGUGUGCAUGGAAGAGAAGGACAUCAAGGAAGGGCUUUUCCCUGUCACUGAUUUGGAAGAAGCUGCCAAUAUUUUGGUGCCACAGACACCCCAGAGGCUUAGGGAGCUUGUGGGGUACACCUUUUUCAAACCUCCUCCAUUAGGAUGGUUGCCUUCUUGCUUCCUCACUGAUUUCAUUGAUCAUGCCAUGUGCAGGGACUAUGUACAAGAAAGGAAAGAAUUGAUCCGAGCUAUUGCAAAAGACCGAAAACUUUCUGAUCUCCCCAAGAUAUCUCAGCCUACGUUAAUUAUCUGGGGAGAGCAUGAUCAAGUAUUCUCUUUAGAACUGGGUCACAGAUUGAAAAGGCUUUUGGGGGACACUGCUCAAAUAGUGGUCAUUAAGAAUGCAGGGCAUGCUUUUAGUGUGGAGAAGGCGAAGGAGUUCUACAGGAUCUUGAAGUCCUUUCUCGUGGAUUUGCAGCCACCUGCAGAGAGCUCACGACCCAAGCGGCAAAACAGCAUUUCAGUGUGAGUUCAAAUACUCCCACACGCACACAAAAAGGAAACCCACAGAUGAUGACAGAAGAAAGAGGUAUCCGUAAAAUGAAUGAUUUUGUUGAAACACAUUCUUUUUCCAUCUGUCUCCAAAGCAGAGGCUCAUUAAAACAGUUCAAUACAAAGGAGUUUAGUGGCAUGUCGGAUUAACAGGACUUUGGUCUCUAUGUACUGAAAUAAAGAAUCUUGAAUUUGUUGAGCUUAAUAGAGCUAAAAAAAUGUUUAGACUGGGAUGAAAUAAAAAAAUUAACAAUACACCA